AUUACAUACACGGAGAACACAUCAGUGGCGGACUGUGGACAAGCCAUACACAAACAGUAUUCCUCAUAUAAAAACGUUCGCUUCACAAAUGGAUGUUGAGAAACAGCACGACAAACUUGGAUGUCCUCUGUUUAUAACUCUGGCUCUGCUGACGAUGAUCCCGCUGAGCACAGGCUACAUAGACUGCAGGAUAUCCUGCAGGAGAUGCCACGAGAACACCGAGCACCCCUCCGUGCUGGAGGUCUACUGCGCCAUGUGCGAGGAGUGCAAGCAGAGGCGGAGGGAAAGGAUGGCGAAUCGCACUCCUUCUAGAAGAAUGACACCGACAACUGCUGCGCAAUUGGUCAGAAUGAGGGAUGGCGUGUCCAACAGCGCCGAGGCGCGAGGCAAAUAUGUGCAGAUAUCGGGGAGCAAGGCAUCCACAGCGCAAUCAAUAACUGAACAGGACUUGACCCAGACGUCGAAGCCGGUACAAUCGCCACCAGUGCUGCAUGUGCACCAGCAUCCGAAACUCGCACAGAGAAAUGCAUACUACGGUCAAAUGGACAGCGGGUACCCGGCGGGCUGCCCGACACCACCUAUGUGCGAAUCAGAGGAGCAGAUACUGGUGUACCCGAGCCCGCCUCCCAUCAUGCCCAGCAUGCCCAGCAUGCCUGCCAGCACCACGACGACGACGACGACGACCACGCAGCCGACCCAGCCGCCGUGCCCGCCCGUGCACACCUGCAGGAAGAAGAAGCCGAGUAUGCAUGGCAUGUCCUGCAUGCCUUGCAUGCCCAUGUGCCCGUGCCCCAUGUACCCGUACCCGCCGCAGCAGCAGCAGCUGCAGCAGCUGCAGCAGCCGCAGCAGCCGCAGCAGCCGCAGGCCGUGCUGAAUCAACCCACCACGGCCGCCAGCAGUCAGGCAGGUCAGGAUUACCACUACCUGUAUGUCGGACUGCCAAAGAAUGUCUUCAAUACGAACUAG